UUAAAGUUAUUGUUCGUAAUGGGAACAGUCAAAAAUUUGUCAAAAGUUCCAUUGACGGAACAAAAAUCCUUCAUCAGUUCUUUUGAUUAUGUUCUCCUGGAUAUGGACGUCAUGGAUCUACGUUGGAUCAAUUCCAGAACUGAUGGAGACUAUACAAGACGAUGAAAACAUUGGAGCAGUUAUAUCAGAAAUCGAAAUUAAUGUAACCUUGCUGAAACUUCAGAAAGCUUUGACGUAUCUGAAAAGGAAAGACUGUUUGUUCAUAGUAGGUGCCAGCAAUUUGCAAAUACCAGUUGGUCCUCUAGGACCGGUGAUAGGUUCUAAACCAUUUCAAGACAUUCUAAGAGAUUUCAGUGGAAGGGAACCGUACCGAGUGGGAAAGCCAUCUUUGCCCAUUUUGGAACAUAUUAUAGAAAAAUAUGAAAUUACCGAUAAAUCUCGGGUCCUUUUUGUCGGAGAUUCGAUAGAACAAGACUUGAUAUUGGCAAGUAUGGCAAAUUUCAAAAAAUUAUUGGUACUUACCGGUGACACCAAAAUUGAAGAUUUGCAUAACUGGAAGUUUCUUGAAGAACACAAACCGGAUUAUUAUCUGGAAAGUAUUGGCGACUUAGCAAUAAUUUUGAAUUCCAUUCUAUGAGUUAGAAAUGUAGUUGUGUUAUCUUAGUGAAUCUGUAGAAUAAAUAGUUUCCCUGUUAA